AUGGGUCAGAAAAAGAAAAAACUCCCCCGUCACCUAAUUCCAGGAACAUCCAAAUUUGCUCGUAUUACUGCUGCUUCAAUGAAAAUUGCAGAGGUGAAGAAGAUAGCUAGUCUCUCCGGUGGUCACUCCGUCGGCUCUCAUGCGGCUGCUCCCUCCUCUUCAAACAUUGCUGCAUCUACGCUUCCUCCUGAAGUGAUCUGGGAAUCGAGUCCUCCACAGAUCUGA